AAAAUGAAGGGUAAUGAGAAAGAUCUAGAACUGUUAGCGCGACGAAUGCGUCAAUUGGCCGUUUUCUCGUCAUCAGUUGCUGUAUUUGUUGCAGUUCUUGCCGUCUUUGCUCUACCAAUUCUUAUCACAUCUACACUUCAAGCAGUGACAUCCGUAGACGAUAGUUUGGGAAGAUGUACUGCCGACGCAUUUAAAAUGUACAAAGCAAUUGAUGAAAUCGAGAUUCAACUUAUUCAAUCGUUUAAUAAAACGACUUCUCAAAGAUCAAAACGUGGUGGAGGAUAUGUGUCAUCAUCUUCUUAUGGUGGACAAUAUUCUGGUCAACAGUAUGAUUCUACUGGAAAUGCUGCAACUAAUGGACAAUAUCGGUUUUUCCCAGAGGUUAUUGAAGCAAUCCGAGCCAGAAGACCAACAUUAUAUUCACUACAACAAGACUAUAACUCUGGCGGAUAUGCUGGACAAGGAGGGUGUGGAGCAUCACAACAAGGAUAUGCUUCUAGACCAGUUUUUGUUGGACCACAAACUGGUUCAAUUCUCCGAGAUGGUCAAUCUGGUUUUAAUGGUGGAGGUGGUUGUAUUCCACGUUAUGGUCCACCUGGUGCUCCAGGAGCUUCAGGACAAUCAGGACGUGAUGGACAAGAUGGACAACCAGGAACAGAUGGUCAACAAGGUAGAGACGGGAUUGCUGAUAUUGAUCGUGAACCAUGUCAAGUAUGUGCUCCAGCACCACAAGGUUAUCCAGGACCACCUGGACCAAAGGGGCGUACAGGAGAACAGGGACCACCGGGAUUAGACGGAGAAACUAUUGAUGGAGAAGAUGGAUCACCAGGUCUUCCAGGACCACCGGGACCACCAGGACCUCCAGGAUUACAUGGAUCACCAGGAUCAUAUGGAGAAUCGAAAGAAGAAGAAAUUGCAGGACCACCAGGCCCACCAGGUGUCAGAGGGAUUCAGGGAGGAGUUGGAUCAAGAGGAGCUGAAGGUAAUCCAGGACCAAAGGGACCACCAGGACUACAAGGAGACAUUGGAUCACAUGGAAUAGCAGGCCGACCUGGUCUUCAAGGUCGUCCAGGUAACCCUGGGGCUCCUGGCUCCCCAGCUUCAUGUGAUCAUUGUGCUCCACCAGUUCUCGAGCCCGGCUACCAAGUGGAUGUUAAAAAGACAAUUAAACGCGCUUCUCCAUGAUUUAUUACUUCCAGUUGUUAUACUUGAUCUCCUCAACUAUCUGUAUAUAGGCUCCCCGUUCAAACAUUUAGAUCAGUUGCUGUUUGUCAAAAAAUUAAAUGAAAUAAUUCAUUUU